UCAUUUUGUGGUAUUAUUCUUGCUAUUGUUUGCAUGCAUUGGUUUUCUUCCACGACGCCGCUCCUCGGACGAUGACUCCACCUAUCAACCUUUUGGCACCAACCGGUGGUUAGUGCUAUUGACUGCUGGAUGACUGAAAGUGGACUUGCAUUGGGGUACAUCCCGCACGGUUUUUGAUUCUCCACCUCGACGUCUCGUGUUUUUCAAGAGCUGUGCUGGUGGUGUAAUGCGUGCGGAAGGGGAUUUGGCAGAUGGGUUAGUGUUUGUUGUGGGGGUGAUUAGAGACGCAGGACCGUUUCAGGCAGGGUACACGCGGGUUGAAAGUAGCAGGAGAUGGAAGUGAGGCUUGGCAUUGGGCUCGCAGCAUUUGCAGGAGGAUGGGUGCUGCGCGUCAUGACAUUUCUCGAGUAGCUGCACGCGGUGGAGACCCGGAGGCGUGUUACAGGCGUGCUGUACACCACUAAGCUCAGUUUAACGAUUAAGGUGUGGAGACGGCAUUAUCAUGGCAGGACGAGGGGAACGAGUGCAUCCCAGCUAUUACUCCGAGAUUUCUGAGCCUGUGAGCCCUUCAGAGAGAUCAACUGCAACAGGCUACAGUUUUCAUCCUAAUUAUCAACCUCUUAAAGCGUACACAACUCCAGGAUACGUCAGCCCUGUACGACCCCCACCUACUGUUGUAGGCCGACCUCCUCGGAAGCCUGUCAAUCGCAGAAACCCUCGCCGUUGCUGUAAGCGAUGUCUUAUCACAAGCUGCUCCAUACUGGUCCUGUUGAUUUUUUUGGUAGGUUUGGCAGCGCUGAUUAUCUGGAUUUUAUUCAAGCCAAAGAUCCCUCAGUUCAGUGUCCAAGAUGUUCGCAUCAAUAAAUUGAACGUUACUGCAACGUACGACACCGCCACUGCCUCCCUAAAAGCAACCAAUCCGACUUAUGUUGACACCGAUAUCCUUUUCACCAUCCAUGCCAGUAACCCAAACAAGAAGAUUAGAAUAGACUACAAGAAGGUUAACGUUCAAAUGACCUACCUCGGAGCUAACGUUGGAAAGGCCGCAAUACCAGGAUGGUAUCAGGAAGUGGCCAAUACAACUACACUUCACAGUAGCAUCCUUGCGACCCGUGCACCCAUGACCUAUAGUGAUGGGUCGGCUCUUCUGUUGGAUAUUAGUGCUAACGAUAUUCCAUUGGACGCUAGAAUAGACACCAAGGUAGCAAUCAAGAUGAGAGACUGGAAGACUCCUGCUGUCUGGAUUCACGUCGAUUGCAAUUUCCACGUAGCCCCUCCUAGCGCUCCUGGUGGUGCAAAACUUCUCAACAAGUCGUGUAAGUGGAAAUGGAGGGGGUAGGCUUUGUAGGUCUGCAUCAGGGCAUUUCUCUUACCGGUGGGCUGCUGCUAGCUGAUUUGGGUAGAAAAUUAACUUUUCAGAAUCUGCAGGGAAACUAAAUAGUUGAAAUUUGUGGAUGUUGUCUUAAAUGAACUGGUGGUGCUCUUUAACACUACACCAUUUCAUUAUGCAUCUGCUGAGAGUUCGUGGUUUGUAUUCGGAAGUUUAUACUUAUGUGAAACCUGUUCAGAGCCCAGUGUCUUUCUA